AUGGGUAGCUUGAUGGAGAAGGCAACGAGUGGCCUAGAGCUCGUUGAUCUAAGCAAGCAGAACUUCCGACGAACCCUAGAUUCUCUACAAGAAGGUGCUCAUUCGCUACUCCUGCUUACGGUUCAAUGGAAGGAGAUCGAGGCGUACUUCGAUUCCACCAAAAACGUUCUCCAGGAGCGAGCGAAGGAGCUUCAAGCACUCGAGGAAUCGAUAAAGGGCCAAGCUUUGGAACUGGAGACGAAGGAGAAGGAGCUUAGCUCGAUUCGUGGGUCGUACGAAGCGAAACUAAGCGAUUUGGAGAAGAAGGAGAAGGAGUUCCAUAUGGAACAGAAGGCAGCGACCCAGAAAAGAAGCGGAGAAGUUGAACAGUUGGAGAGAUUUACGGAGAGAAUCGAAUCUAUGGAGAAAUUUUCUGAUGAGAAGUUGAAGGAACUCGAGGCUAGAGCAAAUGAGCUUGAAUUGAAGGUGAAACAAGUACAGCAACAGAAAGAACGGAUUAGCGCCGGAGAAACGUUGAGACUUGAAUUUGAGCCACUAGUUUCAUUGUUGGCUAAAAACAUAGGCUCAAGUGUUACAAUGCCUACGAACUGUUCGACUUUUUACCUGAAUGAAAAUGCGACAGAUUUUGCGGAUGAUUUGGUUAUGAAAAACUUGGCCUUUGCAAGAAUGAUUCCUUAUUUAGACCCGGCAAAGCUUGUCUUUGAGGCUAUAGAAGGGUCUUUGAAGGAAUACUUGAAUAAAGAUUUUGGAGAAGCUGAUGAUAGACUUGAUAGUGUUGUUAAUAGUUGCAUCGUUAUGUUAGAGAAACUGAUACAGAUGAAUCUACAUAUCACACGGAAUGUUAAAGAGGAAGCGACUCAACUGGGGAUUGACUGGAUAGGCAAGGCAAAAACCAACCCCAACAGUAAAGCGCUGGUGUUAGGUUGCUUGUUAUUUCUGGCUGCUUACGAUUUGGCCUCUGUGACUACUCGUGAGGUGCUCUUAACCCUUUUAGAGCGCUUCCUUUUGUAUGAUCAGGCCCCGAAACUGUUUCGGCUUCUGGGAUUAGAAGAUAAGGUUUCCGGUGCGGUUGAAACUCUAAGGAAAAAGGAAGAGUACCUCGCAACUCUCAAAUUCAUCUGUGAGUUCCGUUCAUACAAGCUUUGUCCAAGAGGACGACCAGGAGACCUUUUGCUUGAGUAUUUGGAUUCCUCAGAAAAAGCUGCCCGAGUAAUUGCUGGGGAUGGAAACUCAGUGGAGGCGCAGAAAGCGAGGAGGGAGAAGAGAAAAGCUGAUGCAGUCAUGGCCCUUGAGUGUAUCAGAGAGAAGAAAACCGAGUCUAUGUUUCCUGCUAAAAUUCUCAAACAGCUAAAUGUACUGAAAAACGAUGAACCAGCCCCGAGAGCAGUCGAACAAGUUCAUAAAAGUUAUGAAAAAAGACGAAGCACAACCAACGCUGUAGAGAAAUCUAAAGCUGAUUCUUUUGUUCCGUAUCAACAGAAGAGUGAAGCCAAGCGUCAAAAAUUAACUGAACCAAGAACUCAUGUUCAGAAUUCAACAGUAAAUCGGCCCAGAGUUGUCUCUGUUCCAUCUGGGGAUAAGAUUGAGGAGUCAGGAGUAAACCAUCAGCAAGAAGCUACCAAAGCAAAUUAUGCAUCAAGCACCGAAACUAAGCCAAACAUUCUCCCUGGUUCCAUUAACGGGGAAAUGUUGAGGGAGCUAGUAGAAAAGCAACCCUUAGUGGAGAGUGACCUCUCCAAUGCUAUUAAAUGCACACCAGAUCCAGCAAAGCUAGUUCUAGACACAUCCAUGGCUCUGUGUCCCAAAAACCCCCAAGAGGGCUAUGAGUUCAAGCUGCUGGUUACUUCAGCUAGCUGCUCCUUAUUGUUGGAUCAGCUGAAGAAGAACCAGGCUAAAAUUGGACAUCCUGUGAAAGGCGAUGCAAAGAAACUUGCGGUUUACUGGAAAGAUAAGAUCUCAAAGAGUAAGAAGGAUGAAUUGGAAGUCGUUUGUUUCCUAAAGUUUCUAGGUAUCUUCGGAAUAGUGGCAGAUUUCAAGGCUAAUGACCUUCUAAGCCUACUGGACAAUUCUUAUUGGCAAACUGUGUCUCCUGAUCUUUGCCAGUUUCUCGGGUUGGACAACGCCAUUCCAGGUUUCAUUCAAAAUCUCAUAAAAACUGGGCAUCGUCUCAAGGCAAUCGACUACAUUUACUCAUUUGGUAUGGUCCGUAGAUUCCAUCCUGUUUCCGCCAUUAUAAAUGAUUCCUUGAGGAUUACAAAGGAAUCUGCAGAGAAGUCGUUUAGAGAUGCUAAGAACGAAUCUGCACCGCAGGUUGCGGCCAUUGACAGGCAGAUCAGAUCACUAAGAGCCGCCAUUAAAUGCAUAUCGCGUCACAAACUCGAAUCAGAGUUCCAACUCGGGAACCUCGAGGAACAAAUCAAGUCGCUUUUGAAGCUUAGAAGAAACCCAUCUGAUGGAUCUGGAUCUGGAACAAAACCUGAUUUGACAAUCAAACAAUCCCAAGCGGCAGAAGAAGCACCAAAUUUAGCAGAGGUUGGUUCUGUCACCAGCAACACACCUUUGGAAACUUCAACGGCAGCUGCUUCCUCCUCCGUGAGCAAACCGGGCUCGAAGAAAAAGCAGAAGAGAGGACAAAAACGCAGCCUUUCGGGAAGCAAACAGAGCUCAGUACACGUUGCUUCAGACCCAAGGAAUCACUUUCCCGUGCAUGGUUAUUCCCUGAAUCAAAGACUGACUUGGCCCGUGGAUCAUUACGAUAGAGGAUUGAUCGAAAAUCCUAACUUGGACUACAAUUAUAACCAUUGGACACAACCAGAGAGACCCAGAUUUUGCCAAUUCUAUCAACAUUUCGAUCCUUAUAACAGAAAUCAGUAA